AAAGCUCUAUCAGUUGAACGACUCUCCAUGCAAUCUAGACUCUCCACUUUCGAUGGGUAUUCCACGAGAAAAGAAAAAACAUAUGCAAGACUUGGCUACGUUACGGCCGGAAGGAAUCAUGUCCCGUCUUAGGUGGUCCUGGCUACACAUAAACUUUUGAUGACUUUUUGAAAGUUUUACGCUCCAAAGUGGAGCACAAAUUACGCGAAGUUGCGAGGGCGUGGCGCAGGGAAAAUAGGCGCCCCAUGCUGUAGUGCCACAAACAACAAAAACAAUGGCAAUAACAAUAACAACAACAACAGACGGCUGUGGCAUUAAAACAUCAACAGAUUGCCCAAAAUUGUGCGUCCAACAAAAUUAUCCACGCACAAAACUUAAAGCCUCAAUUAAACACGCUUAAAUGAUAGAAAGGUUUUGCUAUUGGCAUCAAGAGGCGGAAGCGUUAAGUUGGCAAAUAAACAUUGGAAUCACCCUGACGACAACUGUCAAAAAUAACAACAAAUAAUUAGUAUAUAUAUUUUUAUAAGUGCAAAUGUAUAACUAUGAAAAUUGCGGCCUGUUGCCCACGCAAAGCCAAUGAGGAGGCCAAGUCGAAUCAGAGUCUACCCAAAGUGCGCGCCACGUGCCGGAUUGAUAACUAUGGCUUGGCCAGAAAGAGCACGCUAAUGAACAUUGCCGGCCGGAUAGUAGGCAGCCGGCAAACGUACAAGAUGUACCAGACGGAGAAAACCGAAUGGCUGGUCAUCGAGGGCGAGCUGAUUGGUGUGCAGCAGAGGUUCAAGGAUGACCUGGGCAUGGUAGUACAGAAGUUCUUCGAGCCCAGCUAUCUGGGUGCACCCAAGCCGCAUGCGUAUACUCCAGUUGUGCUCGAUGCCAGAGAGUCUCAAGCCUUUGCAAUCAACUCAAACGGAGUCCCAUACUUCAGUGAGCAGCCGAAGACGGGAGCGUUUAAAAAAACCAACUUCCAAAAUUUGCUCAACACGGAACAGGUGACGCUCAUUGACAGCAAGGAGCUGGUGACUCGACUACAAACUCUGGUUGCAAGUGCGACGAGCAGGCACAAGGUGUGCAAAGCCAAGGAGAGAACCAGAUCAACCCUAGAAACGAAGAGGCUGAGCCCUCAAGAGGUGCUGCGGGCAUCGAAUAGGCCAAAGAGCAAAGCAAAUAUGUUGCCCAACCAAAGGAAACCGAGGCCUGCCCCUGAUCCCGCUUCAAUUCCGAAGCCUCGAAAGAUCAUUUAUAGGCAGGAGCAGGCGCCGUUGCCUUUAAACGAGGAUGUUUUACUGUUCUACAACAGCAAUAAGGCCAUGACGAGAAGACCAAGAAUUGAAGCAGAGCUGGAUACGAAGCAGACAUUAGUCCAGAUCGAACCUGUCAAGAAAUGCGUACCGAAGCUCAAAGCCAAUCUAAAAAAUGCGCAAAUUAAAAAGUCUGUGAAAAACGCGGAAAACUUGAAUAGGAAAAAGGCUGAGACUGAACGGAACGUAUGGAAAAAUGCCGUGAACAUUAAACUCGAUAAAAUGAACAAAAAAUUACCCGUGGGCCAUACGAAAUCGAAGAGCUUUGAGGAUCCAGAUAGGACUCCAAGACCGAACACCAACGAUCAGAAACACAUGAACAACGCAAAGAGACCAGAAAUCAGAAAUAGGAAAAUCAUUAAUAUAAAGAAAUCAAAGGGGAACCUUAAGGAAAUGGGAAAAGAAAUUAAGGACAAGGGCAAAGAAAAACAUUUUAUAAAAAUUGAGAAGAUUAAAAAAACGAAAGUCAACGACUGGUUAGAAGACAAAACGGAAGAUAAAGACGAGGUACUAGAAAUAAGAAAAAAUAAAGUAAAUAUUAUGAAGUUGUUGAAGAAGCCAAUGGGAGAACUAAUAGCUAAGAAACCCAAUGAAAUUAACGAUAUGGCUAAAGAAAAAUAUUAUAUUGAAAUAGAAAAGAUUGAAAAAAGUAGACUCGACGACUGGCUAGAAGACGAAACGACAGUGGAUGGAUAUGAAGCCGAAGAGAGACUAGAGAUACGAAAAUUGGAAUUAAAUAUUUGCGCGAAGUUACAGAGGCCAAGAGAAAUUCAAUUUAAAAUCGAGCAACCAGGGCUGCAAAUUGAAGAGAUACAAAGUAUGAACCGGCAGGACUGGCUAGAUAAUGAUACGGACGAGGAAGAGCAGGUGUGCUUGGUGGGCACAGAAGAUGAAGAAUUUAUGAAAGCCGAAAAAAUGGAUAGUAUACUACCCUUCGACUUUACGGCGCGAAAUCGAGCAGCAGAAAAGUUUCACAAUUUAUUGUGUAAAAUGAGAAAGAUUCUAAUAAGAGGCGAUAUAAUAGCAAACAACAUAAAUCGCCUAAAUAGGCAAGCGAAGGAUACAAUUAUGAAAAUCAACGAUCAGAAAAGUCUGCAUGAAAUCGCAUUGAAUUCAUUAAAUAAUAUUAGGCGUAUAAACGAACAGACUGAGCACGGGGCCUUGAUGCUAGUCUGUCGGCCCACGGACGAUGAGGCUGAAGAACAUCAACAACUUGCAAUUUAUAAACCGACAAUUGGGAGAGCCCUCGUCAAGCCCCGGUUUGGCCAGUCAGCGCCCAGUUGGCUGCAACGCAGAGAACCGUUAACUGCUCAUAUUCCAUUGGAACUACAAUUUUUUUGCCACAGCUAUAUAGAUAUGAUUGUGAGGGAAAAACUGUCGGCCGUGGCCUUCAUUGAAUUGGCCCCCAGAGGUUCAAUUCUUGGGCAGUCUGUGAAAUAUGCCAUAAUUCAUCCAAUCCCAAAAUUUGGUAUUCGUUGGGUAUUUGAUGUUGCGAGUUUAACAAGAAGACACAACUAUUUGAGUCCCGCGAUAAGUGUGCCAAAGACUAGGCGCUCUGGCAUAGUUCGAAAGAUUUUCAACUUCCUUCAAAUUUUGGUACUCAUUGCUUUCAUGAUUGUCGUGUUCGCUGAUAGGAAUCCCAUCUAUUUUCGUUGGCUAAUGCGGCGAGCGAGGUACUUGUUUUUUGCUAAGAAAACAAUAGUGUUAAACAAACUUAAUGAAUUUGUAUUGUUGAAAAAAUUAAAUUAA